AAUCGAAGGAAAAAGAGCGAAAGCAAAGCAAAGCAGUGUCUCACUGUUCGUCAUUCAUUUCUCUCUCGUCCAUAACACAAAACAACAUGCCCUCAGCUCAGGAUCCGUUUUACGUUGUCAAGGCUGAGAUUCAAGGAUCUAUUGAUAAAUUGCAAUCUACUUUACACCAAUGGGAAUACACUUCGGAUGCUGAAGAGCGAGUACAUCUUACAAAGGAGGUUCUUGCUGGAUGCGAAAGCAUAGAGUGGCAGUCUUAUUUUUGGAUAGAAAGGUCGAUGAGUUGGACAAAGCAAUCGCUGUGGCAUCUAGAGAUCCUUCUUGGUAUGGCAUUGAUGAAAUGGAGCUUGAAAGCCGGAGGAAAUGGACAAGCAGUGCUCGUACUCAGGUUGGCACAGUGAAGAAAGCAGUGGAAGCUGGAAAGGGCUCAAGUUCAACAAGCCAUGCUAGUGCAAAUGGGAUGCACCGAGAACUAAUGAGACUACCAAAUUCCCAUCAAAAUGAUACAUCCAGGCAGUAUGCUGCCCAUGAUAAUGAUGAUUUCAUACAAUCAGAAUCAGAUAGACAGAUGCUUCUUAUAAAGAAACAGGAUGAGGAGUUGGAUGAGCUUACUGUAAGUGUGCAAAGAAUUGGGGGUGUUGGACUUACAAUACAUGAAGAACUCCUUGGACAGGAAAGGAUUAUAGAUGAUUUGGGUGCUGAGAUGGAAAGUACAUCGAAUCGUCUAGAUUUUGUCCAAAAGAAAGUGGCAAUGGUUAUGAAGAAGGCUGGUGCGAAGGGUCAAAUCAUGAUGAUAUUGGGUUUGUUGGCUCUGUUCGUUUUCCUCUUUAUCUUAGUAUUCUUCACCUAGUCAUUGAGAUGGGACCAGGCUUUGCGCGGUAUGUACAUGAAAAGAGGUCUCAUUUUUUGUGGAGAUGCAAGAUUAAUGGAAAUGCAUAUGUCCAUUAACUAAAUGGAAGCCAGAUUGUUGGUUUCUUAAAGGCAGUAGAAAAUUCUGAUUGUGAUGAAAAAGGGAAGCAAUGUACUUCAAGAUUUAUAAUAGGAUUUUGAUUCUGGACAAAUUGGAUUAUAUAAAUGAUGUUAGUGCUUUUCGUUGUUUGUACCAUUUUAAUGUUAAUUUUUUGUUUGGCAUUGCUUUGUAAAUAUUGGCACAUUCACUUAAAUAAUGAAGGACACAG